AUGAGCGACAAAACCAAGGAGGGGAAGAAAACCCACUCGGAAGACGAGAAGGACAAGGAAUUUGAGGAAAAAAUAAAACAACUAACCGUGGACGAGCGUGUGAAGAACGCCCUGAACCUUAAGCUCGAAGGGAACAACGAAUUUAAAAAUAAAAAAUACGAAGAAGCCAUCAGUAAAUACAAUGAAGGGUUAAAGUACAUACAAAAAUUGGAAAACAAAAAUGAUAAAAUGAUCGAACUGGAGAUUGCCUUUUAUCAAAACAUGAGCAUAUGCUAUUCCAACGUAGAGAAUUACAACGAAGCAUAUGAGUACGUAAAAAAAGUGCUACAACUGGAUAAGGACAACGCGAAAGGCUUGUUCCGACUGGCACAAAUUGAAUACAACCGAUGUAACUUUGACGUCGCCAAGGAGAAGGUACAAGAUUUUAUUAAGGCACACCCAGACAAUAUCGAAGCCAAGAAGCUGCUUAAAAAUAUCCUCAUCAAGCAGAAUGAACACAACAAAAAACAGAAGGAGGCCUUCUCGAAAAUUUUCGAAAAAGCCUCUGGACUGUACGAUGAUAGAGAGAAGGAAAUACAGAGAAAGAAAAAAGAAAAAUAUGAAAGUUACUUGAAAUCGUGUACCGAGAAAAACGAAAAAAUUGUAGACUUCGAAGAGUGGGAAGUUAUGGAGAGGGAGAAGGAAGAACAGGAGGAGAAGAAAAAGAAGGAGGAGCAAAAGAAAAAUCAGAAGGAAGAACAGUCGGAGAAGCAGAAACAGAACAAAUCGGAGAAGAAAAAGUCAAAGUAUAACGAUAAUGUGAAAAAGAAAAGUGGCUCACUCACGUCUAACACUACCAAUAACUCGUCCUGCUUAGACAUAGACGAGGAAGACCAAAAAAUUAUCGACGAGACGAAAAAAAUGGGCUACUGCUAUUUUAGGAAAGAUAUAAAAGAAGACGAUAAAAAAUUUUUCGAAAAAAAUAUGCCUCAAAAAAUAGAAAACGGCAUUAGUGAUGACCACAAUUUGUAUAGCACUGAAAAUAAAGCCAUAUCUUCAUGGAACGCUGCCGGAACUACAUAUGAGGAGAAGGAUAUGAGCAAGUGGGCAAAGCAAAAAUUAGAACAGUGCCUCAAAAACAUCCAUUUUAAGAAUACAGAAAAAUCAGACUUCCUCAAUUUAAAUAAUCAAAACGAAUAUAACUUGUUGAAUGCAGAUUAUCCUGAAGUUUUACCAAUUCAGUAUUUGUAUAAAAUUGAGCUGAAGGAGAUAAAAGACCUGAACGUGGAUGCACAGAUUGUCGUUAUAAGAGGCACGAAGAGACACAUCUUCGAGCUGUCAUGUAAUUUGCACGUAACGCUAAACAUCAAUAUCACUGAAUUUCACAUACAUAAAAUUAUCGUCCAGAUAGCUGAACUGUCUAGCGAAUUAGAGGCCGGAAAAACAUGGAGGGACUAUAUCACUGUGAAAAAAAACGAUAAAUUAAAAGUCCCAGAAAAACUGUUCAAUAAUAUAUACGAGUUGGUAAUUGAAAAGGUGGAAAACCAGGUCAGGUACUUCACGGAGGAGUAUAGUAAGAUGUGA